AUGAACAAGUCCUCUAACCACACGCAUGCUGGCCAUGCCCGCCCCGCCGGCGUGCCUUGGCCCCCUGAAGACGUGCUGGCCAUGUUCGCCGGCGCCGAGGUCGUGCACAGGUACUACAGGCCUGACCUUAGUAUACCUGAAAUACCUCCUAAGCCUGGAGAACUGAAAACAGAACUGUUGGGUCUAAAAGCAAGAUCAAGCAAAGUUCAAACUUCACAACAGUGAGCAGAAUUUACUUACGUUGUGAAAACUAGAACUGACAAAAUAUUUGUUCAACUGUCUCAACUGCAGAAAUCCACAUGUGAAAUACUGGACUCCCUUAAUGCUUUUUUUUGUUUCCUUUAAGCAGCGUUACAGGCGGCAUUAAAAAUAAAUGUACGAUGAAUACUGUUG